GAAAGUCAAAACGAGAAGACAGGCGCAGUCAAACUCAGCAAAACUGAGCUAAAUUCACGGAAAUUCUUAGCAAGGCUACUGGCGAAUCAACAAAAACGUUGACGGAUGAUGCAACGGCUCUUCCCUGUAUUCAUGACAACACUCUUCUUCAUGAUGCACAAGCCGGAUGCUUGUAAUGGCAGCAAGAUUCUGGUGGUACCCCUUGACGGCAGCCACUGGAUCAACAUGGAGGUGAUUCUCCGAGAGCUACACUCCAGAGGCCACAAUAUCACAGUACUGCACUCUGCCAACAGCUGGUACAUCCCAGGUAAUUCUUCCAUUUACACAUCUGUUCAUGUGCACAUGCUGGAGGAUGAGGUCGAUAAGAACUUUUACAAUGAAAUGCUGCUCAACGUUAUGGAAUGCCGCAAAUUGCCGGGUUUUAUGCACUCCUUCUGCCAGCAGCACUUGAUCACAUCCAUGUUCUCGGUGGGCCACAACAUUAUUGCCAGAGCAUUGGCCACAAUGAUGGAUGACCCAGUUUUUAUGAAGAGGCUCCAGGAUGCCAAGUUUGAAGUGAUGUUAACUGACCCAGGAAUACCUAUAGGAGUCCUUCUGGGUGCCUUUCUCCAGCUUCCAAUGGUUUUUAAUGUGCGAUGGCUUAAUACCGGAGAGUGCCAUUCCACUAUAGCACCUUCACCUCUGUCCUAUGUCCCAGUGUCGGGCACUGAGCUUCAUGAUAAGAUGACUUUUCUGGAAAGGCUCAGGAACUCCUUACAUUAUCUUCAUAGUGUUGUUGAACAAUAUUUUAUCAUUAACCCCCCCUAUUCAGAUCUGCUCAGGCGGCAUUUCCCUGCUGGCACGGACUUGCUCUCCCUGCAGCGUAAUGCCGCUAUAUGGCUAGUGAGGUCAGAUUUCGUCUUUGAGUUUCCACGACCCACCAUGCCCAAUGUGGUCUACAUCGGGGGGUUCCAGUGUAAACCAGCCCUCCCUCUUUCUACUGAGCUGGAAGCCUUUGUACAGAGCUCCGGAGAACACGGGGUGGUCAUCAUGUCUCUGGGGACACUUGUAUCCGCCCUGCCACAUGAAGUGAUGAACGCCAUCGCAGCUGCUUUCGCUAUGCUCCCUCAGAAGGUGGUGUGGAGGUUUGAGGGUCCACCACCUCCAACUUUAGGGAGCAACACUCUGCUUGUGAAGUGGUUGCCUCAGAACGACCUCUUGGGACACCCUAAAACGCGAGCAUUCGUAACACAUGGAGGCACCAACAGCGUCUAUGAGGCCAUCUACCAUGGUGUUCCUGUUCUGGGGUUGCCACUCCUUUUUGACCAGUUCGACAACCUGCUCCGCCUGAAGGUCCGCGGUGCAGCCUGUUUGGUGGAGGCCAAAUCACUCACCAAGCAAGAAUUCCUGGAAGCUAUGAAGGAAAUCCUGGAGACACCUUUCUACCGCAACAACAUGCAACAUCUCUCAAAGCUCCACAGGGACCAGCCAAUAUCUCCUAUGGACGCAGCCAUCUUUUGGAUCGAGUAUGUUAUCCAGAACAAAGGAGCAGCCCAUCUGUGCUCGGCAGCUUUUAGCCUGCCUUGGUACUCCUACCACAGCCUAGAUGUGGCUGUUUUUGUCUUGGCCCUUAUUGGUACCUCUGUUUGUAUUAUAGUUUCAAUGUGUUGGUGUCUCUGCUGUCAGAAGUACAAUAGAAAAAUUAAAUCAGAAUAAAUUAUUUGGACACAACUCCUGCCUUAGCGUUUUCUGAGGUUUCUGGAAAGAUGCUGCUUCAUGUUUUAAUGAAUUAAUGGCUUUGAGAUCCAGAUUCAUGAUCUGAGAUGAAGAUGUUGAAACACAUCAACACAUUUAAAACUAUACUAUAGUCUUGGAUUUUUGAGGAGGGAAAAGCAGGAAAAAAAUCUCAUGAAACUCUGAAUGUAUUUAUUACUUGCAUGUUUAUUAAAGUUACGACAAACAUUGCAGCAUUUUACUUAGCAUGCAUAUAAUUAUCAUAUCAUUACUUAUAAUUCUUUACUAUCGGUGGACAAGUGAAGACCGCUAAAUUGGCUUCAAGACUUAUUCAAGAUGCCGUCCAAAAAUAGCUGCCAAAAUAUAUACAUACUAUUAUGAAUUUUAUUGCUUGUUACUGUGAUGUAUGUUAGGAACAUUUUAAUGGAAAUUUUUCAUUCGGUGGCCAUUUUGGACGCCAUUUUGAAUUUAAAUGUCAUGAAGGGAAUUUUUUUAUAUAUACGUGUAUUUACUGUGAUGUAAAAUUUUCUUUUCAUAGAAUCUUUUCCAAAAGUAAUUUAUAUGCUGUUUUAAUGGAUUUCUUUUUCCAAACUAUAUGCAUAUGAAUAAAAAAGACAUUGAAGGUGGCAUCUAUUUAUUAUUUUUGGUAAUGCUGAUGAAUGUGUUUUGAGUUUGUCAAAGGAGCCUAAAAUUUGGUUUGGUUUAGGGUGGGGGGGGGGGGGGGGGUCACAGGGGGGUGAUCCUAGUUUCCCUACU